AUGUCGCGGGACAACCGUUUUUGUGAAGAGAAGAAGAAGACAGGAGCAUCUAGCGACAAAUAUCAGAAAGGCGUAGUGCGGUUUGGUAAAAGUGGAAAGCUGAACCCGCGUUACAUUGGGCCUUUCGAGAUCCUAGAAAGAAUCAGAACCGUUGCAUACAAGCUGAAGCUUCCAGAAGAACUUAGUAGUGUCCACGACACGUUUCACGUGUCUAAUCUCAAGAAGAGUCCUACUCAAGAAACAUUCAUUAUUCCUGCAGAUGAGAUUCACAUCAACGACAAACUCCAAUUUACUGAAGAACUUGUUGAGGUUACGGACUGGAAGGUCCACAAAACACGGAGAAGUCAUAUUAAACUCGUUAAGGUCCGUUGGAAUUCACAUCAUGGCCCAGAGUUUACAUGGGAACGUGAAGACCAAAUCAAGUCUAAGUAUCCGCAUUUGUUUCACAACUCCCUUGCAACCGAUAACGCAGCUAGAAUUUCAGGACGAAAUUCUUUUAACGGCGGGAGAAUGUGA